GCGGUGGGCCAAUACCAGUAGAAUAUAGGAGAGAAGAUUCAUCUCAUCCUACUCCUGAUACAUUCUCCAGUCGGACAUGGAACUCAGCUCAAGAUACCAAAACCAGCUACCAUUUCCUUCCUACAGAACACAGUUAAAACCGUCUUCUAAGGAGCCAGCUACCACCUCCUCCUGUUAAAUCUCAGAUACCUUCUCUCCUUUCACGAACCCAGAUAUCAUCUCCUCAUUCGAGAACCCAACCACCGUCUCCCCCACAAUCUGUUCAAAGACUGAUGGAGCAAGGACAAUCUCCUCCAUACUUCUCCCCGACCAUGCUCUUCCCUCACAUCCACUAUCCAGCUCUUCUAGCUCAACAAGCUCAGCUUCUGCAGAGAGAAAAAUCUGCAUUUUCUCCAAUAGUUUCAGGAUUCCAAUCUAAAACCUCGACAAAUGUAUCUCCAGUAACUCCUCCCUCUCCUCCCCUAGAUUCUCCAAACUCGGACGAUGAUAAAUCCAGAAUUCCCAGAUUUUCUAUCGGUUCUUUACAAAAUCUAGUUUCAUCUCCCUCUCUGAUGAGUCCUCUUAGUUCUCAAACCUUAUCCUCUCCACUCUCCUCCCUUCCAUCCGUUCUACCAAACUUUAACCAAGCUCUGCUUAUGAGACACUGGUUAGGAUCUAACACCAAUCUCAAUAAUCUGACUAGUUCUUUCUAUCCUUCCUACGAUCCUCGUCUCUUCCGGGGUCCAGGGAGAUCUGCAAGACCUAAGAAAAGGUUUAUCUGUAAGUUCUGUAACCGUGAGUUUACUAAAUCCUACAAUCUUCUGAUCCAUGAGAGAACUCACACUGAUGAAAGACCAUAUCCUUGUGAUAUUUGUGGUAAAGCGUUCAGAAGACAAGAUCAUCUGAGAGAUCACAGAUACAUUCACUCUAAAGAGAAACCGUUUAAGUGCUCGGAAUGCGGGAAAGGAUUUUGUCAAUCUCGUACUCUUGCUGUACACAAGAUACUUCAUAUGGAGGAGAGUCCUCAUAGAUGUCCGAUAUGUCAAAGAUGUUUUAAUCAGAGAUCAAAUCUUAAAACCCAUCUUUUAACCCAUACAGACAUUAAACCUAAACAAUUAUUAGAGAUUGCAGAACGUCUGGAGGCCGGAGGCUGUCGGCCAACCUGCGGGACAAAACCUCUGGAACCUCAGAUCAAGAAUAUGACGAGUGUUGAUGAUAUUGCUGAACCUGAGAUUGAUGUUUGCUCGGAUGAAGAUGAGUCUCCAGAUCUAUCGUUGAAUUCACCAUCACCAGACUGCGUAGACUCUUCAAGUCCAGCUUCCCGCGUAGACACAUUUAAUAUUCUGACCUCUACGGAGUCAAUAAGUUUACCAGUUAGAACACAUGCAUUUAGUAUUGCUGCUCUUAUGAAGAAAUAAUUUAUUUGUAAUUUAAAUAAAAAGAUUUAAGAAAUUAAC